AUGGCACGGUAUGGACCGUUAUGGCAGGUUCCUGAGAGGAGAGCAGCUGCGGAGGCAACGCUGCUGGAGCUGAGGAAAUCGCCCCAUGCAUUGCAAGCCUGCACUCACUUACUCGACAACUCGGGCAAUGCAGUGGCGUGCUUCCAGGCAGCAGCCACGCUGCAGCAGGUGGUGCUGCGUGACUGGCCCCGCAUCCCCACCGCCGACCACACCUCGCUCCACCGGUACUGCUUGGACCACAUAGUGAAGCGGGCCGUAGCGAGGGAGGAGGCGCAGGGGCAGGCUGGAGGAGGAGCAGGGGGAGCGGGAGGGGGCGGGGGAGGCGAUGCAUUUGUGGAGCAGAAGAUGGUGGCCGUGCUGGCAGUGCUCGUUAAGCGAGCCUGGAUGGACGUGGACGACACCUACAAGACUGAUCUCUUCUCCUCCGUACGUGCUCAUGCUCAUGCAUGCACCUGCCUCUCCCCUCCCCAUCACCCUAAACUGCUGUCACGUGCUGCCUGCGUGCCAUUCUUGGCAUGGGCUGGGCAUCAGCUUUCUCGUUUGAAACUGCAGUGUAUUGCUCUCCAUCUCUCUGCCUCCCCAGUCCCGUAUGUACCCUGCAUUGCUCCAACCCCAUGCCUCCCACCCCGCCCUCUUUGCGCCCACCCGCACCCCCCCCAUCAGUUGAGGGACCUGGCAUCGGGGUCAAGGGGUCCUGCCGUGCAACGAGCUGCUUUUUCUCUGCUCGACGCCCUUGUGAGCGAGUUCAAUCCGGCCAGUGCAACGCCCCUGGCCCUGCCGUCUGACUUCCACAAUCGCUGCCGCAUCGCCUUCCAACGCCACUUCCUCAUGGCAGUGCUGAUGGUGUGUGUGGAUGCAGUGGCAGCGCACAUGGCAGCAGUCAAAGCACAGGUGGAGGCCACUCAGGGGCACGCGCAAGGGCAAGGGCAGGCGCAGGGGGGAGUGGUGUGGGGGCCUAGCAGUCAAGCAGUGGUGGCAGCGGCGCUGAAUGUGCUCAUCGCUGCGCUCUCUUGGGACUUCACUGGCGGCAGUGUGCGUGCAUCAAGAAGCAAGGCCAGUGACGAUGGCUCGCUCUCCACUGCUCGCUCCUCCUCUGACAUGCACACCGUGCAGCCACCUGCCGAAUGGCUGCCAUUGCUGCUGUCACCGGAGCUGCUAUCGCUGCUGGCAUCGGUGUACGCGGCGCUACCACACACGUGUGCCCCGGGGCAUGACUGGCGCGAGGGACCCCUGGCAGAGCGCACCAGGCAGAUGGCCGUGCUGCUCUGCUCCCUGCACGGCCCCGCCCUCACUGCUGCUGACCCAUCGCUUGUGAGCAUGAACGUGGGGUGCCUGCUCUCCCUGCUGCUGCAGUGGCUGUCUCCCCUUCCCGCCACUGUCGCUGCUGUUGCUCAGGCGCACAUCUCAGACAGGGAGCUUCUGGACGUGUGUAGGGCACUGGCGGCACUCAUUCGCUUGCAUCCGCUGCUCGCCACCACCCCCGCGCCUUCCGCACAUGCCAACGCCAACGGCUCUGCCAACGGCCCGUCCUGUCCCCCCACGCUGCUGGGGCUGUUGGGCGAGCUGACCUGCGCUGUGCUGGCACACGGGGCAGCCAGUGACGACGACACUCUAGACGGCCCCAUGCCGCACGCCCUCGACAUGCUGCUCGACACCUGGCUCGCCUUCCUCCUCACUGUAUGCCCCGCCCACCCAUCUCGCCUUCCUCCUCACUGUAUGCCCCACCCACCCAUCUCGCCUUCCUCCUCACUGUAUGCCCCGCCCACCCAUCUCGCCUUCCUCCUCACUGUAUGCCCCGCCCACCCAUCUCGCCUUCCUCCUCACUGUAUGCCCCGCCCACCCAUCUCGCCUUCCUCCUCACUGUAUGCCCCGCCCACCCAUCUCGCCUUCCUCCUCACUGUAUGCCCCGCCCACCCAUCUCGCCUUCCUCCUCACUGUAUGCCCCGCCCACCCAUCUCGCCUUCCUCCUCACUGUAUGCCCCGCCCACCCAUCUCGCCUUCCUCCUCACUGUAUGCCCCGCCCACCCAUCUCGCCUUCCUCCUCACUGUAUGCCCCGCCCACCCAUCUCGCCUUCCUCCUCACUGUAUGCCCCGCCCACCCAUCUCGCCUUCCUCCUCACUGUAUGCCCCGCCCACCCAUCUCGCCUUCCUCCUCACUGUAUGCCCCGCCCACCCAUCUCGCCUUCCUCCUCACUGUAUACCCCGCCCACCCAUCUCGCCUUCCUCCUCACUGUAUGCCCCGCCCACCCAUCUCGCCUUCCUCCUCACUGUAUGCCCCGCCCACCCAUCUCGCCUUCCUCCUCACUGUAUGCCCCGCCCACCCAUCUUGCCUUCCUCCUCACUGUAUGCCCCGCCCACCCAGCUCGCCUUCCUCCUCACUGUAUGCCCCGCCCACCCAUCUCGCCUUCCUCCUCACUGUAUGCCCCGCCCACCCAGCUCGCCUUCCUCUUCUGA